AUGGCCAUGCAAACCAGCACAGACUCGGCACCCACAAUGACAAUGUCCGCUGAUGGACAGAGCCCCGUCACUAAUUCACCCACGGCGUCGCCUCCUCUUAUUUUGGCCUUUCUCUCAGUCGCCCUGUUCAGCGCGGGGAUCAUCGCUGUGUUGGGGUGGAAGCGAGUGCACUUCGUCAACAGUGCAGGACAUUGGGGGUUUUACUUCGGAAGUGUUGUGCCGUCAGAAGGCUUCGGAAGCAUUCCGGCUGUCGUGGAUAUUGGUGAAGAGCCGAGAUUAUGGGAUUUGCACACGAAUUACCUAAAGGAUGUGGUAAUUGGCGGCGGUAACAAGCAGCUUGAAGAAGGUCUGCUCCAACACCAUCCGAGUUUGUUAUUCGUGAAACCGUUCCGAGGAUGUUGCGAAGACGAUCAUAAGACCGUAUCAUCAAGGACGAGUAUUCAAGUUGCCGUUGCAAUUGCUUUGCCAUCACCACAUCAUCGAACCUUGAGGAGAGAAGGCAGAAAUGACGGCUCCGAGCGAGAGGAUAGGGAGGAUAAAAGGAUGGGAGAACACUUGGAAUACGUCAUAGGACUGUCCAUGGAAUGCAGCAAGAAAUCGAGUAAAGAGCUCAACGAUAAACUCGCGGCCAUGAUUUCAAAAGGAGAGCGGCCACUCUCGCGUUGUGGCCUUGCGCGUUCGUUCUACUCCCGGCCCAUUUUCGUAUUUUUUUUUGUGGACAAAAAACGGCGUGAGCUUCUAUGGACCUGUCCAUUAGGUCGAGUGAACGCUGCGACCAUGACCCCGUGCAGAGAGUAA